CACGCUGUAUUAUUCAGCUUUGUCCAAGAGAGGAACGAGCAGAGAGAGAUGAGGAGGUUACAAAUCCUCUGAAAUCCUGAAGCACUCAGAGGGCAGAAAAGCAGCCAGAUGUGAGUUGUUGUUGAGGUUAGUUUUCGAGAUGAGCUGAAGGAUCUGAACCCUCCUGGUGCCUCUUAGUAGAAAAAGGAAACUUUUGUGGAGUUCAGCAGAAUGGAUCAUUCAGACAGUCCUGCGACCCAGCAGCGAAAGGCCAAGAUGAUGUUUGGCCUGAAAGUGAAGAAGAAGAAGAAGAAAGUCAACACAGACCUGGUCCUGGCAAACAAGGGAGUUGUGGACAGUGAGGUGAAGGUGACUCCUGAAACUUCUUCCCUCCUGGAGGGAGAAAACCCUGACGAUCAACCUGGAAGCUCUGCAGUCAGAACCAGAAUAAUACCGAACAGCAAAAGGGCCAAACUGAAAACUCGUAUCCAGGACAGUGAAGGGAAACCACAGAGCUUUCAGAUUUCCAUUAACAUCACAGAGGCCAGGCAGCUGGUGGGAGAAAACAUCGACCCCAGUGUGGUGAUUGAGAUCGGAGAUGAGAAGAAACAGACUUCAGUCAAAGAAGGAACCAAUGCUCCCUUUUAUAAUGAGUAUUUUGUGUUUGACUUCUUCGCCCACAAAGAGGUCUUCUUCGACAAAGUCAUCAAGCUGACGGUGAUGCACUCUAAAAUGCUGAGGAGUUUCUGUGUUGGCUCCUUUAAGCUGGAUGUGUGGACAGUCUACAAACAGCCAGGUCACCAGUUCAUCAAUAAGUGGGCAAUGCUGAUCAAGCCUGGUGACAUUAGCACUGGCAUCAAAGGUUAUGUCAAGUGUGACAUCAGUGUCUCAGCGAAGGGAGACGCCAUGCAGCCAGGACCAAAAGCGAGUGAUGCUGAGGAGCAGAUUGACAAGAAUCUGCUAAUACCAGAAGGCUUUCCUUCUGAGCGACCCUGGGCCCGUUUCUGUGUGAAGGUGUAUCGAGCUGAGGGCCUUCCACGCAACAACUCCAGCAUUAUGGCCAAUGUCACCAAGGCCUUCAUUGGAGACAACACAGCACUCAUAGACCCAUAUGUAGUGGUCAGCUUCUUCAAACAAGUGGGUCGCACAUCCACUCAAAAGUCCACAGCAGACCCGGUGUGGAAUGAGCAGAUUGUCUUCACAGAGAUGUUCCCCCCUCUGUGUCAGAGAUUGAAGAUCCAGGUCUGGGAUGAGGGAAGCAUGAGUGAUGUUGCCAUUGGAACCCAUUACUUCGACUUGAGACGCCUCUCCAAUGAACAGGAUGGUGACAGAGGGUUUUUACCGACGUUUGGUCCUGCUUGGAUCAACCUGUACGGCUCUGCCCGAAACUUUUCAUUAGGUGAUGACACAGUGGAGCUUAAUGAGGGCAUUGGAGAGGGUGUGUCCUACAGGGGCCGGGUCUACAUGGAGCUGGCAGUGGAGAUCCUAUCAGGAGGGUCGGGUUCAGAGUCCAAACUCAUCAGAAUAGUCAAACCUGUCAAGGACGCUAAAGCGGGAAAAGCUGGAGGGAAGGACGGCAAGACUCCUGCAGGAGGAGCAGCGGGAGGAGCAGCAGGAGGAGCUGCUGACGAUGACAAAGGAAGAGCCGUCGCACCAGAGGUCCUGCCUGUGGAAUCUCCUCCUGUGCUGGAUGAAGACAACAAGGAGAGAUUUCUGCUGUUUGGGGCGUUGUUUGAAGCCACCAUGAUUGACAGGAAGAUCGGAGACAGGCCCAUCAGCUUUGAGUUUUCCCUGGGUAACAAUGGUAAUGUCUUGGAGCCCACAGGCCAGGCCAGCAUCAGUGCCCCUAGUCCUGCUUUCAGUCGGAGGAGAAGUCCCAGAAAAGUGCUGGAUGUCCCAGACAGCAGUGAAAUGUUUGGCUCCUCUCCUCUCAGCUCCCCACCUACCUCCCCGUCUUCCCCCCUCCUGCCCAGAGACCCCCAGGACACCACCUUGACCUCGAAGUCCACCACGCAUCCGGAAAAACCACUCAUUGUGGAAGGGAACAGGUACUACAUGUAUCUGCCGCUCAAGGAGCAGAAGCCGUGUAUUCAUGUGCUGAGUCACUGGGAGGACAGAACUUACCGACUGUACAACUCUAAUAUGCUGGAGCAUAUAGCUAAUCUGUUUGACGAGGGUGUAGCCAGUGCAGCCGAGCUACACAGGAAGUCAGAUCCAGGGGCGGAGCAUUUGCUCAUCACCGUCCUCAAAGAAUUCUGUAUGGACGCCAGGAGUUUCAUAGCAGCGGCAGAGGCCAGGCUGAAGACGGAGCUGAAGUCGAGCUACCUGACACAGCUGGACAAGAAACGCCUCACCAUGUGCAAACAGGAACUGGAGAGUAUGAUAGGAGAGGCCCAGUCCUUGGGAGAGAGGAAGAGAAAAGCCGGUGGUGUGAAAGAAAUGCUGCAGGAUGCAACAAAACUCACACACAAAGUGCACUUUCUUGUGAAGGAGCCCCAGCACACAGUGCCUGACAUCUUUGUGUGGUUGCUAAGCAACAACAAGCGUGUUGCCUAUGCUCGGGUCCGAGCCAGAGACGUGCUGUUCUCCAGCAGCCAGGAGGCCAGAGGAAUCCACUGUGGCAAGAUAAUAACGCUGUUUCUAAAGCCUCCAGGGAAGCGUGUUGCAGGCUUGUCAGUUCAAGCGAAGCUCGAUGUGUAUCUGUGGUACGGAACCUGUUCGGACUCCAGCCACAUGCUGGAUAACCUACCUGCGGGAUUCAGUCCGGCCACAGGGGGCGCUGAUGCCAGGAGCCCUCCAGAGUACCUGCUCAGCACAGAGCAGCAUCAGUUCCAGCUGAGGUGCCACAUGUAUCAGGCCCGUGGUCUGAUCGCCGCAGACAACUCAGGCCUGUCUGACCCUUUUGCCCGAGUAACCUAUCUGUCACACAGCCAAACCACCAACGUGAUCAGUCAGACUCUCAGUCCGACAUGGAAUCAGUGUUUGCUGAUGAACCGCCUGCUGCUGAGCGGAGAUCUGCAGCACAUCCAGCAGGAGCCGCCACGCAUUCUCAUCGAGGUGUACGAUGAGGACGCACUGGGUAAGGCGGAGUAUCUGGGAGCCACAGUGACGGUGCCCGAGGUUCGCCUGUCCUCUGACCCUUACACACCUCCGACUCUGCGGUACAGCCCACUGCACUGCGGCAGCCAGUCAGGAGGAGACCUGCUGGCUGCAUUUGAACUGCUGCACAUCCCAGAGACUGGAGAGCAGAGUCUGCCGGUGUUAGAGGAGCAGGAAGGAGGCAUCUACAGUGUUCCUGCCAACAUCAGGCCUGUUCUCAGCACCUACAGGCUGGAGGUGUUAUUCUGGGGUCUGAGGGAGCUGAAGAAGGUUCAGCUGCUGUCUGUUGAUCGCCCACAGGUGUUCAUAGAGUGUGCAGGUAAAACAUUGCGCUCAUCUGUCAUUCAGAAGUACAAGUCCAACCCAAACUUCAGCACGCUGGUUGAUGCCAUAGAGCUGGAGUUACCAGAGAAUGAACACCUCCACCCUCCUCUCAGUAUCACUGUUGUUGAUUGGCGGGCCUUUGGUCGAAGCACGUUGGUUGGAAACCACAUUAUCAACAACCUCAAGGCCUUCAAAUACACCCCACCUCCAGGCCUGCCUGCGCCCAUACAGACACACAAACCUCCCAGGGUCACAUACACCCCUGAACCUGCCCUGACACCAGAGCCACAAAGCACCAAGGGGCUGUCCCAGGAUGCUGGAGAGACCAGUGCAACUGUAGCACUAACAAAUCAGGAUAUUCUGAUCACUGUGGAGGAUGAAGCCCCACCUCCAGCGCCACCCACACCUCAGCAAGAGCCCAGGAAGAAAAUGAUGACAGACAGCAGGAAGAGCACUCGCAGUCGUUCCACCAAGCGAAGGAGGCGGACGAUUGCUGAUGAAUCAGCGGAGUGUGUCAUUGACUGGUGGUCCAAAUACUACGCUUCUGUAGAGAAACAGGCCAAACAGCAGGAUGGCUCUGCAUUCCCUGAGGUCUUUGAAAAAGCUUCGCCAUACCAGAGCUUGCUCAGCCAUGGAAUAGACUCCUUGGUCAGCCCCUCGGAUGGAGACAAGAAGAAAAAACAGAAAGCAAGAGGAAUCUUGGCGCCAAAUCUAGGUCUAUAUCCUAGAUUAGCUACACUCAAGCUGUACAACAAGGAGCUGGAGGCAGAGUUUGGGCCUUUUGACGACUGGGUGAACACGUAUGAGCUGUUCAGAGGGAAAGCCAGUGAGGAAGAGGGGGCGACCGAGGAGAGAUUUGUCGGCAAAUUUAAGGGGCGCUUCUGCCUGUAUAAACUGACUGAUGACGAGGAAGAGGACUGGGAUGAAGCUGCUGACACCGGCCACUUCAGGGUCAACAGAGGAAUCCCUCCCAACCACCCAGUCCAAGUCCUCAUACGGGUUUACAUCGUCUCUGCGUCUAACCUGCACCCAGCUGACCAGGAUGGGAAGGCUGACCCUUACAUUGUUCUCCGGCUCGGCAAGCACGAAAUCAAAGACAGAGACAACUACAUUCCUAAACAGCUGAAUCCUGUGUUUGGAAGAUCUUUUGAGAUGCAGGCGACCUUUCCUAAGGAGUCUCUGCUGUCCUUGCUGAUCUAUGACCAUGACUUGGUAGGAGGGGACGACCUCAUAGGAGAGACACGCAUUGACCUGGAGAACCGAUUCUACAGCCGACACAGAGCCACCUGUGGGCUCCCCACUGAGUACAGCCUUGAGGGUUAUAAUGCCUGGAGAGACUGUCUGAAGCCAACAGAGCUGCUGUCUAAGCUGUGCAGAGAGAACGGCCUGGACGAGCCUGAUUUCAGACCAGGACGCAUCACUGUGGCUGAAAAAGUUUUCACUGGAAAGACACUGUUCAUGCAUGAAGAUGAGCCGGUGGAGUCUUACGAGCACCUGUCUCUGAAGAUCCUGCACCGCUGGGCGGAGAUCCCCGCUGUGGGAUGCAAGCUGGUGCCAGAACACAUCGAGACGAGAACUCUGUUCAGCAAGGCUCGGCCCGGCAUGGACCAGGGUCAGGUCCAGAUGUGGGUAGACAUGUUUCCCAUGGACUUGCCUCAUCCAGGACCUUCAGUGGACAUUUCACCUCGAAAACCAAAAGGGUACGAGCUGCGCAUUAUCAUCUGGAACACAGAAGAUGUGAUUCUGGAGGACAGCAACUUCCUGACAGGCCAACAGUCCAGUGAUAUCUAUAUCAAGGGCUGGCUGAAAGGUCUAGAGGACGACCGACAGGAGACAGACGUCCACUACAACUCUCUGACUGGAGAGGGAAACUUCAACUGGCGCUUUGUGUUCCCCUUCAGUUACCUGCCUGCUGAGAAGGUAGUGGUGGUGAGGAAGAGAGAGAGUAUUUUCUCUCUGGAUAAAACAGAGCAGAAGCUUCCUGCCAUCCUCAGUCUGCAGGUCUGGGACUUCGAGACUCUCUCCUCUGACGACUUCCUAGGCACGGUGGAAUUAGACCUCCAUGGUUUCCCUCGGGGGGCAAAGACGGCAAAGUCGUGUAAGGCGGACAUGUUGACAGACGGGACAGAGAGAAUCUCCAUCUUCCAGCAGAAGAGAGCACGAGGCUGGUGGCCCUUCACCAAGUCCGGAGAGCUGACGGGGAAAGUGGAGGCGGAGUUCCAUCUCGUGACAGCUGAGGAGGCGGAGAGAAAUCCUGUCGGCCGAGCCCGCAAGGAGCCAGAGCCGCUGCCAAAACCAAAUCGUCCAGACACCUCCUUCUCAUGGUUUGUCAAUCCAUUCAAGUGUUUCUUCCACUUGGUGUGGCGAAGCUACAAGAAGUACAUCAUCAUUGCCCUGGUCCUGCUCAUCACAGUGCUGUUCCUCGCCCUGCUGUUCUACACACUGCCAGGAGCCAUCUCCCAGAAGAUAGUCAAUGGAUAACCCAGGCACGCAUAGUUCUCAAUAUCUACUCAAAAUUAUGGCUGACUUUUAGAUGAUGCAACUCCCCCUCUGAGCCCCGCAACAAUAGGGGAUAUAACAGCGUGUUGUAACAAGGCAACUAAAAUUUUCCCAUUUCAGUAGCUCCUUCAAAUGAGACCAAGAAAGGCCGGAUGUGUGUCCUUUACAUUUGCUGAAAACCACAGUGCCCAGUGUUAGAUGGAAAUUUAUGUUCGUGACCCAUUUUAAAGAUUUAUGUCUUUAUGUCAAUAGGCUGAAAUGGGCUUGUGGCAGAGGGCCGUAGGGAUGGUGUAAAAUAUUGAGACACCAACCAGCACAAUAGUUUAUGGUCUUUUCAAGGGAAUUGUAGACAAUAACGAAAAUAUCACCAGUCUUAGCCUUUAAAGCGCAGGUUAGGAUUUUUUUUUCUAGUCUAUCUAAAUAUAAUACUCACAUGCCACGUGUGGUGAAAGACUUACUGAGCGCUGGAAUUUGUUGUCCUCUACAUACCUGUUGUGAAGCGAUCCCAAUGUUGCGCCACUAAACAGUAAGAAAUAGGGUACAAAAUCCACUGUGCUUGUUCCAUACAAAACUGCAUUCUGUUCAGCUACAGCUGACACCUACAGUCUGAGAUGACAGACUGAGUGGGCAUGUUCCAAAUUUUGCGUCUCUUUUGUAUAAAAUGUCCUCUUUGACAGUAUUUGUUUGCUGAGCUGCUGAUGAAGGUUCACAGCUGGGACAAGGAAGUGGCAAUAAAAUUGCACAUGCCUAUAGAUGACGAACUGUAUGCAGAACAACAUACAGAACGAGGCCUGUGGAUUUUAGCCCCAUCUCUUACAGUGUAGUCAUGCUCCAAAAGAACUGGUUUACAGUCUGCAUGACAAGGAAGGAUGAUUACAGCAACCAGCAACUCUUUGAAAGUAGUCCAUUUUAAUUAUAUAACCCAGAAUCACAACUUGCAGUGUUAUCUGACUGCUGUCUUCAGACACAUCUUUAAAAAUCUGAACCAAUGCUUUUAGCUCAUCUCAAUAGAAGUGUGAGGCUUUGUUAAAAUUAGAAUUCAACACAGUGCUUAUUUUAGCUGCAUUUAUUAGAACUGUACAAAGUACUAAUUCAAUUCAAUUCAAUUCAGUUUUAUUAAUAUUGAGCCAAAUCACAACCAAAGUUGUCUCAGGACACUUUGCAUAUAGAGCAGGUACAGACCAGACUUUUUAUCUACUGAAACCCAAAAAUUCCCUUAUGAGCAAGCACUUGGCGACAGUGGCGAGGAAAACUUCCUUUUAGGAGGCAGAAACCUCGAGCAGAACCAGGCUUCUCAUUUUAUUCGGGAGAUUGUCAAUCUUCUCUUUAUUCUGUGAGUUGACGAAAGUACAAUUUGCAGGUAUUUUUCAAGUUAGCAGCCUUGACAUGUUCAUGUGAACAACUCUGUAAGUCAUUGUCUGUCAAAGACAGUUUCUCAGGGAAAAAGUAAUACUUCUCUGGUUAUUUCUUUGAGUCUACAUCAGGCCAAGUAGAAGUGUGGGUCUCCUACAUGUUUCAACUCCACAACAAAGUGCACUAAUUAAAAUCACAGCUGCAUUGGAAAACCAAUUCUGUCCAUAUUUAAAGACAGACACAUGCAAACUGAAAAACAUCAUGAUAAAUUGUCCAAAUCAAACAACAAUUCACUUUAAAGUAUGUUAGCAGAUACAGGAGAGAUAGAGUGAACUUACUUAUACAGUAUAUGCACUUGUAGACAUUUUUGUAGACUUGCAAAUAUAAAAUUAGUUUAUAUAAGAUUCUGAAUGUUCUUGAAGUGUUAUUAUUUGAAUAUCUGAAUGCAUUUAUUUUUUGAGUUUACAGUGCCUGUCUUGGUCUACUGAUACUGAAUGUGUAACUGAAAUGAGGGUAAAAGAUUUCUAAUCACCUACAGCAUAACAGCAAAGACAAGGUGAUCCAUAUCAGGUGCUCUACUUAUGUUGUCUGUACAUACGCAUCAUGAUAAGGUGCUUGUAAGUUUGGCCUGAUAAAGAUCCACCAUGGAUUGAAGCACUGUUGUCUAUGCUAAAUAAAG